AUGCAGCCGCUAGAAAAUCACGACCACAUGGACAACGUGCUACCGGUGACGACGGAGAAGCCACAACGUGAAAAUAACUCCACGGUCGACGUGCACGAGCUCCUGCACGCUCUCGGCAUCGAUGAGAAUGGUCACGAAGAUAAGGAUCACUCUCGAGCAGCUGCGAGGGACUACGACUACCCGCCGAGCCCGGGGUACGCGGGCUACUCGCCCUACUCGCACCCUCCGAGCUACGGGUACCAGCAGCGGCCCGGCUACGCGCCAAACUACCCGCCGAGCUCGCCCUAUCCUUCGUAUGGUCCGCCACCGCCGUACCACGAGCAACCAUCCUACCAUCAGCCGCCGCCCUCCGCCUACACUCCGCCGCUGGAAGCACACCACAGCGCGCCCUCAUCCAAACUAAAACUAGUGGAGAUCCCGGAUCUUGUCAAGCCACUGGCGUCAAAAGUUGCCGGCAAAGUGAGUGGAUUAAUCGGCCUAGUGCUCACCCUUCUCACCGGCUCAACGGGCGACGUAGAACUCAAAGGGUUCAAGGACAUCGUAAUAAACGGAAUAGUUAAGCCCUUGUUAAUUGCCAAGGGGGGAUUAAAGAGUCUGAUAAGUAAGUUGGCUAUACCAGUGAUAUCGUUGUUGUUGAUUAACUUGGAAGUGUUGAUUACAGUUUGGUGGUUGUGGGAGGAGUGUCCUGAGCCCGUACAUGCUCAUGCAGCAUACCCAGCAUAUCCAAGGCCUGGAUAUGGCUACUGA